AAUCGUCAUAUCGUCAUAUGUUGGUUUGCAGUUUCCGUUCCGUUUGUUUAUAUCGCUUGAAAAGAGAAAGAGAGCGUGAGGGAGGGCAAGAGAGAGAGAGAGUGAGACUGUUGCGUUGGCUGGCAAUGAUUGAGGCUAUUUUUUGACAAGUUUGUUGGGAGAUUGGUUACCGAAGUAGAAUUGUGCGUUGUAAGAAAGCCGUAUCUCUUUAUGGCGGGGACUUUUACAAUUUAAUCGAAGUGUCCGAGGAAAGAGGAUGGCGAAAGUGAUGAAGAUUUCGCAAUCGGACUGAGAGCUCUGACAGAUUGAAAAGUAGUAACUCGAGCAGGGGAAAGAAAACAAGUUUACAAUUUAACGAGUUAAUAUGCCACAUCCGGGUGUAGCGUUGAUGGUUUUGGUCAGUCUUGGCCUUGGAGCAUGUCUAUAUUAUAUGUUUGCUGAUAGUAAUACUCACCAUGAACGUCAAUAUCAAUACGGGGGUGGUGGAUACCGUUCACGUCGGUCAGAAUCUCCUGAACCCCUGUCCACCAAUCAAGAAGAACGAUUCACAAGAAAGCGAGGAUCUACGGCUAGCAAUGGUCAAUCGGACUGUACAAUAUGCCUUGGCCACAUUGGUCAACGUGAAUCCAUAAGGCUGUUUCUUUGCAGACACGUAUUCCACACAACGUGCAUUACUAGAUGGCGUGAAGAAGGUCCUUCGGAAACUCGAGACACGUGUCCCAAUUGUCGCGCCAAACCAAAGGAGUGGUAGAAUGACAUCGAAUUAGCUUUACAAAAACUCAUAAUAGAAUAGAAAGCAGCGGAGACCUGAACAGCUUGACCCUUGUUCGACAAAAAUGUUUUUUUAUUAAUGAGCGAUGGUCAAGUUGAUAUGUAGGUUAACGUGAAAAAGUGCGAAGAAACGAAUGUUCAGAAAUUUCUUCAAAUUGAAAAAUCAACGAUAUAACGUUUGUAACGUUUUGGAAGAUUUUUUUUUUCCGUUCGUACAGAAAUAGUCUUUCAGAGGGCUAAGUAACAAUCAUCCGUUGGUUAUUCUCUAACGAUUAGAAUUCAAAUUUUACCAGUUCUUCCAAUUAUGGAUUUGUUCUUACUAUUAUUGAAGUUUUCUGUUCAAUUUGAAUGAUCAGUUAUUGAAUUGGCCAAUAUUCAUUUGAUUAACGAAUGUUGCAAAUAAAUCGAAUAUCAAUGAUAUUGUCGAUAAGCUAAAUAUUGAAAAUAUUUAAUUAGAGCUUUGUAAUAUUAAUAUUAUUUUAAAUACCUACCAAGCUGCUGAAGUACGAGAGAGAUGACCAUUCUCGCAUUACCAAGUUUUCUCUCGAAUGAAAAAUAUUUACAGGGGAAGAGAAAAGCCACUUUUCAUUUAGUUGGGAAACAGAGUAGUUCUUGUUACUUCCUCAAAAUAUAAUCUGUAGGUGGGAAAAUUUGGAUGCUUUAUUUUUAUCGACUGAACGUCUUUCACUCGGCGAUAUCAAUCUCACGAUUGGUAUGAAUCCUGCACGUUUUUUCUCAAAGAGAGGUUGAAGAUUUCAAAAGAAAAAAAGAGCAAAGAGUACUGCGUUCAACUUUUUUUCUUUCUCAAAAAAUCAAAGGUGUUCGUACUUUUAAGUUAUCUCUCUCGUACUGACAGAAAACGACGGAGACUGUAAUACCAAGUCGAUUUGGUUUGAACUUGUGACGGCUUUAAAAUCGAUUUAGUUGCAAAACUGACAAUUAGUAAGAAUUACGAAAGGAGAUUAAGAGUCAGUAGUUUUGUUGAUCGUGAGAAUUCUCAUGGAUUAUUGAUACAAUUAAUGCGACUAAAAUUAUUUAUAUAAUUAACCUCUUAGUGAUAUUAGGAUAAGGUUUUUUGGGUUAUUUAUUCUCUGGAAUGUCAAUAUAGAAUAACUUGUUCAACAUUAAUUUCAUGAAUUUUGUCGAAUUGUAAUAACAUUUACAGAUGGUCCAUUGGCGACCGAGAGUUUGUGUUGACGAGUUCAAAACUCCUCAAUGAAGAGAACAUGAAAUAAUUUGUUGGUGAGAAAGCUCUUGCGGAGUAUGAAACAAAAUCAACUAAAAGAAGAGACUAAAUUGAUGUAAAUUUUCUAGACCGAAGUGAUAUUUAAGGUUAACGUAUGCGGAAUCAGAAGUAAAUGUUUUCUUUCGUCGACACCCCAAUCGUUAUGAAUCUUUUGUUUAAAUUUAUAAAAUUCCGAGAUUUUUUUAAUGACAAAAAUUAAUAAUUGCAAUUAUUAGUUUUUGCAAUUAUUUGCAAUUAUUAGUUUUUGCAAUUCUCAUCAGUCUCAAUUUGUGUGUACGGAUCAUGCAAGCAGAUCCAAAGUUUUUGGGAAUGGAAUUAUGUAUUUGUAAUGUUAUUACGAAUUCUCAAUUGUUUUUCGGUAUUUAUUUUUGGCAAUUAUCUACUCUUUACAAUUCAUCAGAUAAACUGUUUAUCAUGUGAUAAGCGAAUUAUUAUUUGUCAUGGAAGACUAAUGUCUCUAUGAAAUAAAGAUUGACAAGUACGAAUCAUUUUUCCUAAUACAAA